AUGGGAAAUAUGAAGGACAACAAUGUCGAGUUCGUCGAGGAGCUCGAGCACUCGAAGACGCUCGAUCACACGCAGACGCUCGAGCAGGUCACGACGAUGGGAACAGUCAAGUUGACUGACGGCGCCGUUGUCUACAUCCCUUCGCCCACUGCGGACCCUCAAGACCCUCGUACGUGUUCUGAUAUCUAG